CUGACCGGCAUCAUGCACAUUUUGUCAUCCUGCUCUAUGUGUAUAUGAGAGAUGCAGAACAAGCAGAUAUCACAUCACCUUGCUCAUCGCAUGCACACCUGUACAGAACAGGUGUAUUGGGAUUCUCACCUGCUUCUGCAUGAGUAUGAUUAAUCUACUGUGCUUCCUAAUGGCCAAAUUGCAACAUUUCCCAAAAUAGAUCUAGCCCCUGACAUGUUAUGUGUUUCUCUUCCAAGGUCAGGUGAGCCAACAUUUCUAUGAGGGACGUCCUCAUUUCUAUGAGGGACGUCACAGGCUGAAUACUUUGUGUCGCUUCCCUUCCUUUAAAAAGUGAACAGAGAUUCCACAUUGAAUGACUCUAAGGGAGUGUGACCAGAGAACAUCAGAGGGCAGUGUGUACUUAGAGUGCAGUGUAUCUCUCUCUGCCUCUCCUAACGGCUCAGAAUUCCAUCACAUCACAUCUCAGCAGGUAUUGUGUAACUGGAAGCAAUAAGAGAAUCAUUUCUUAACUACUCACAGGUAAGCAUUUAUUUAAUAUGUCUAUGCAAUCACAUAUGGAAAGAAAGCUUUGCUCUAAAAGAAAGGUAUACGUAGUCAUUGUUAAUAGCUGCAUGGUUUUACGCUCCUGUGUGUUCUGAAGAGCUAUCUUUCCAGUUUUAUUUACUAAAACACCUGUUGCUGAAGAGUUUAACUUGAGUGGGGAAAGCUGAACUUGAACGUGUUCUCAGCAGGCUAUAAGCCCCUCCUCUGAGGAUUUCCUAGUUCCAAGGGGAUGUACGUUUAAUGCUAGAUUGGUUAAUUAGAAGCUGCCAUGUAUUAUAAUUGCAAUGAAAAGUUUCUAAAUCUGUUUAUGAUCUGUGAGGAUCAGGACCUGUUAAGUAGGAAUGGAAAAUUUAGGCCGAGAUUAAGACUCCAUGCUUGGAGAGGAGUGAAGGUUUUAUUUAAACUUAAAGGAAGAUUGCAAGACAUUGCUCAUUUAAUAGGCUAUUAUCCAAAGUUAUGCCAAAUAUUAGUUAAUAUGCUAUGGUUGGGGAAAAGUAAAGUUGUUAAUAACAUGGAGGGGAAGCUAAGUGGUAUUUGAAGUAUGAUAUUAUGCUAAAUGACGGCAUGUGACACCAGAAUAUGGACCAACACAUCUGAUCACCCAAGUUUUAUUUGCAUGAUACAGGGUGCAUGGUUGUUGCAAGACAAAUAUGGCUUAACAACUCAAAGAUAGUCUUUUAUUUCCAAGAUGAAGUACGGUAAUAAAAAAAUUAAUGGACUUUUAAGCUUUCUAAUCUAUGAAGUCCUGCUCAGUUUGGAACAAUUUAAUAUUCGAUAUUGACCAGCAUAAAGAAUAAAAACACUUCCUCGAGUGAAUGAAAAUCACUGCUAACUAAUUAACUCAAGUAUCUGUUGACAAUUUUUUAACCAGUUUCAAGUUUCUUGGAGAAAGAGGAACGGGAUCAGGUCCCUGGUAAAACCUCAAAAAAUGCAAAGUUCAGAGGAAGAUUUUAUUUUUUGUAGCAUGGAUGUUUGAGGAUAGUGGAACAUGUUUGGGUGGGAUACUGGCUGGUGGGUUCAAGGUUCUAUCUGGAGGGUUCUAAGCUCCUUUUGUAUUUGUUAGUCAAAUUUCGUAUUAUCUCUCAGGUAUAUUGUAACCUUGUCUUUUUAAUUGUCUCAUUUUGCACUCAUGGAUAGCACUGUGGAAUGUGUUUGCACUUUAUAAACAAAGUGUAAUGAUAAUAAAGUAGAUAAUGUAGGAAAACCAAGGGAAAGGCGACAAUUAUAUUUUACCAGGAUGUAGCUUCCUAUGAAUUAGUUAGAAAGAGUUAAAAAAAUAUAUGUAAGAACUGCUGUUGACUAAUCCACCCACAACCACGUGAUUAUGAAGACAAAAUCACCUGUAAAUAAUUAAAUUGUAAUACAAUAUAUUGUUUUAUGGCAACAGGUUCAACCCAUACAUAAGAUAUUGUUGCCAUUAGCAUCUAGUAUAGAGUUGUUUUGUAAACCUUUUUAGUAUGUUAUCAAACUAAUGAAAGAAAUACAGAUAUACACUAAAAUAUAUAGAAAUAUAUGUAAAAAAUGGACAUCUCCAUAAAGGUCAGGCUAGGCAUAGAAAGAUGAUGGAUGGAUGGAUGGAGAGAGGGAUGGAUGGAGAGAGGAAUAGAUGGAUGGAGGGAUGGAUGAAUGGAGAAAUGGAUGGAUGGAUGGAUAGAGAGAGGGAUGGAUGGAUGGAGGGAUAGAUGGAUGGAUGGAGAGAUGGAUGGAUGGAUGGAUGGAUGGAUAAAGCGAGGGAUGGAUGGAUGGAUAGAGAGAGGGAUGGAUGGAUGGAGGGAUGGAUGGAGAGAGGGAAGGAUGGAGGGAUGGAUGGAGAGAGGGAAGGAUGGAUGGAUAGAGAGAGGGAUGGAUGGAUGAAGAGAGGGAUGGAUGGAUGAAGAGAGGGAGGGAUAAUUAGAUGGAUGGAUGGAUAGAGAGAGGGAUGGAUGGAGAGAGGGAUGGAUGGGUGGAUGGAUUGAGGGAUGGAUGAAGAGAGGGAAGGAUGGAUAGAUAGAGAGAGGGAUGGAUGGAUGAAGAGAGGGAGGGAUAAUUAGAUGGAUGGAUAGAUGGAGAGAGGGAUGGAUGGAGAGAGGGAUGGAUGGAUGGAUGGAGAGAGGGAUGGAUGGGUGGAUGGAGGUAUAGAUGGAUGAAUGCAGGAAGAAAGGGGUAGGGAGGGAUAAGGGUAUGGAAGGAUGGAUGAACAUACAGAAGGACAGACAGCUGGAUAAUUGGAGUAUGCAUCCAGAGGUGAGUCAUUUGGACAUCAAGACUUUCUGUAGGGAAAUAGUGGGACAAUGAUAUAUGGGAAUUACUUUUUCCAAAAAUCAGUUGGGGCAAAUUGUACAAAAUGGCAUGCAAACCAGUGGACAAUGCACUUAUAAGAAAUCCCAGUAUGUACAUGCUUUAUGUGAUCCAUUAAAAAUUAAGAUAUAUAUAUACAGCAAAAAAAAUCAUUAUGAAAAUAAAUGUAGAAAGACAAUAUUUUCUUACGUUUCAUUGUUGUAUUAAGUUCUCCGGGGCUCAAGUAUUUGGUCUCUAAAUUCUGGUGGUUUCCUUUGAAUCAAAGUUUGCUUUCUAUCCUCUAGUGAGCUCUGCGUGCUCUGUGAUAAUAUCGUAUAUGUUAAAUAUAACUAUAGUCACUCAUAUCUAUAUAUGGAAAGUCAAAUGUCAAUUAUACUAAUGCCACUGCAUUUUCUUUCCCAGGAGUCAGAGGUGUCUCUCCGUAUCAAACAUCAGGAUGCUCAGAUCAAGUUUGAUACUUCUACUACUACUCAUUGCUCUGACAGGUAAGUCUUACAAGUAAAAAUAAAAAUCCUAUCCCCCUAUAACAAAAUGAGAGACCAGACAAUAAAACCUCACUCUCCUGAAUUCGUUAGCAUGUCUAAUAGUGGCAGGUUAGUCCAGCAGGUUAGCCCUCAGCAUUGGGAGGUAUGCGAUCAGGAUGGGUCGGUGGGCCUGUCUGGCUGGCCUCUAAUCUACAGGACCUUGCAGAGUGCUUCUGAAGAUCUCCGUGCAGGGACAUUGUGCUCAUUCACACCAGAACGCAUUUAAUGAUGCACUUGCCAUCAGUUGUGAUCACCAGAAAAUGAUAUCUCCAUUAUCAAGGAUGCUGAAGAUCUUUUUUUGCCCUAGACAGUUUCCCAAAAACAAUAGGAUGACAUCUAUAGAUUUUGUUUUGCAAUAAACACUACAAAAAACUGCAGUUGUUAUGGUGCUUAGAGUGUCCCUUUAAUCUAUGAGUAAAUUAUAUAUUAAAUUAUAAAGCAUGGUUUCUAGCCUCGCACAGAAGCCCACAGAUUCGGUGAGCCUUUGGUUCAUUUGUCCUAUUUUGCAUAUCCUUUCGUACCGUGUUGUCAACAUGUCUAGUGUGAUAUGAUGAUGACAGAAUUGGGCUGCCGUUCAUCCAGAAUAAGUGUAUGUAUGCUGUGGAGUGUCGUUAUUUUUUCCACUUGGACACUAUGAGAGCGGUGAGCAGAUCUGUCAUUCAGCUCACCGCUCGUGAACACGCACAUCGCACACAUGCACAGUGUCAAUUUCACAGCUUCUCGUAGAGAAUCAUUGACUUCAAAUAUUCAGAAUAUUGAGAAAUAUUUGAUUGUCAAAGCGUGGCAAGUGCCUAUGGGUCACAAUGCUUCUCUAUUAGAAGCUAAUAAUUGGACCAGACAAAUUGCCACAGGGAGACUUCAAACGCCUAAGGAAUACAAGUACGUAAAUACAUAUAACAAGUAGGUUAAUUACAGGGCGGGUACUACUAUUUAUUGAUUAUAUAAGGAUUAAUGAUCUGACAGCAGUACAGUGUUCCUUUAGGGAAAUAUAAACUAAUAUCUGGUCAGGGAACAAAAAUGAUAAAAUGUGGUUGUUACUUUUAGGGAUCUGGUCAGUAAAUAGCGAGGUCAUGGGGAGCUGACAAUCAACUUAUAACAUGUACACCAAUAUAGACAGCUAAGAAAAUGAAUCGAUUUAUUUUGUUUAAAUUCCAAUAUUUUGCAAGUAGUAUGUUGGCUCAUGUUUUAGUGAAUAAACAGCCUAAUCUUUUAUAUUGAGUUUUUAUUUAUUUAUUUUUAUACUUUAAUUUAACACAUGUUCCUUCUAACAGGUUGCCAAGCUGACAAUUCCCGCAGUAGAUUCUGGGAUUAUUUCAGUCAACUGACCAGUGAGAAGCAUCGAUGGGACAUACAGAAUAAUGCAGUACGAGAUGGCAGGUAAGAUAAAAAAUUAAAUUUUACGCAUAAAUAUUAAAGAUUUUGUCUGAUUUUUAUAGUGCUUAUUCAGUUACAUGCUGCAGUAGCAACAUCAUUCAUUACUUAGAAUAAAUGGGUUGGCAGACUAGACAGUAUGUGAUAAAAAUAUUUUAAAGUAUACAGAGGACCCCAAUAUUUUAAAGUAUACAGAGAGCCUGAUCAUAACCCUCCGGCCCCUCACCUCAAUGGAAGGGUAGAAAUGUUAAGGGUAGAUGCUGUCACCUCCCCUGUCCACCUUCAUUAAAUAUGCACCUUAAUUUCCCAUGUACACUUCAGGUAAAACUCCAUCUUCUAGACUUCACCACCACAGGUUGCUAGGUAUAGCAUUCAUUGUCGCACUUUUAAUUGUUAAAAUGUUUUAAAUUUUAUGUAUAUUUUUUGUUUUGUUUUCUUUUAUUACCUAUAGCGGUCUGAAGGGCAGUAUUCAAAAUGGAGUUAAUUAUGUGGGCAACUUUUUGGGGCCAUUGAAAAGUGGCUUACAGAAGCGACUGUAUGAGGACUCUGACGGGCUGCGCAGGUUGAUCAACAGGGAGAUACAGGAGCUCCGUAGGAAGUUAUACCCAUAUAUGGAUGUAGCACACCAAAAGAUCAGCAGUAACCUUGAUCAGUUACGGAGUCGUCUGCUGCCCUACACUCAAGAGCUGAAAGAGCAAGUGGAAUGGGGUGCCCAAGAACUCCAUGUACAGCUUGGACCAUACAGAGAUGGUAGCAAGAUGGAAGCUUUACACAGACUGGGGGAAAACCUUGAGAACCGUAUAGUCCUGCACACAGGCAGGGUCGGGCAAGUUUUCUACCCACUGGCUGAUCGCUUGUUAUUAGAGAUCCAUCAUGCAGUAGAAGAGUUACAUGGAAACCUAGCUCCUCAUGCUCAAACAUCUCAGGAGAUAUUGAGUCAGCAAGUGCAGGAUCUAUCUCGGAAACUGACUCGGAAUGCAAAGGAUCUUCAUGAGAAGAUCCAGAAGAAUCUAAAUGAGUUGAAGGAGCAGUUGGUGUCCUAUCCAAAAGAACUGAAGCAAAAGUUUCCCCAGGGCCAAGAAGCAGCACUUGAACCUGUAGCACCCUAUAUGGAAGAAAUGGCGGCUCAGGUCCAGAGAGAGGUAGAGGAAUUCCACAAGAACACUCAAAAACAGAUUGAAGACUUCACCCGUGUCAUUAAUAUGGAAACUGAAGAACUGCAACACAAAUUGUCUCCUGCCUCAUGGGACUUUCAGGACAGUGUCAGUUCAGUUGAAGAUGUGCAGGAGAAAUUAGACUCCUUGUGGAAGGACAUAUCCCAAAGUCUCAACUAGAUACUAAUAAAUAGACUUGAGAAAACAGAUGAUGCAUUACAACAAAAAAUGUCCACAUUACUUUCUGAAGUGGAUCACAAAGAGGUGUGAAAAUGAAGGAAUGCACCUUAAUUUAAAAAUAUUACUUAUGAGCCAAGCUUCAUAACUUUCUAAUUUAGAAAAUGAGUACCCAUGUGUUUUACUAAGAAACAGGUGAUAUUAUUUUAAAUGUAUCCUUUCUUUUUUUAAGGAAGAUGUAUAUAGACCCCUUCCAUGGUUAGGGUAAUUAUAAUAAAAAUUAUAGUAAUAAGUAUAUCACAUGAAUGCGCAUGUUGAUAUCAAAUGUAAACGCACAAAGAUAUAAAUACAGCCGUGUAAUUAGGGAAAAGACUUUGCGAAUAAAUGUUGAGUUGUGAGAAGAAUAGAGCAACAAAGACAUAAUUCAUGGACUCUUGACUCCUGAAGGAAGAGGGAGUGUCUGCAGAAGGGCAGUAAACUAAAUGAGGAAAAUGACAGUUGACAAAAGCCCAAGACAUGUUACAUUGGUGGCAAAAUAAACUCAAAAUUCCUAAUUACAUAUUGUGUGAUAAGGUCAUCGGUGGCAUGAAAGCAAUGGGUACAACUAUGUCAAGAAUCUCGAGGUUCUUUUGUUUCUAUUAUGUUCAACCACAAUAAAGAUUCCAUCUUGACAUUUUCAGACAUAAUCUUUUUAUCCUAGAACCAGAAAGACACUUCUGAAGCACGUUGUCAAAUUAACAUGACUUUAUUGACGUCACGGCCAAAAUCGACAGACAAAAUGGCCCUUUCGAAACUUGACAACGUUAGAUUUUUAAAUAUGACCAGAUCGCUUUAGUUGUGGCUUUAAUAAAGGCUGAUCAAUGGGUCUGAGGUACAUUGUAGAGUGGGAUGUUGAGGUCUCUGCAUAAUGAUCCACACAUGACUGAUCACUUGUACAAGAGUUGGAGAACCUUGCAUGGUUAUUUACUAAAUAAUCGAGAAUUGAACGUGAAUACAAAGUGAAUUUCAUACUUAAGGUCAAAAUAGCCAAAAACUAGAAAAAUUCUCUAUGUAAGCUAAGCUUUAAGCUCAGCUGCUCUGGCCUUAAAUCCGAAAUUUACUUUGAAUUUACUUCCAAAUCUGACUUUAGAAAAUAACCCUGUUAGUGGAAAGGCAUGAAACACAAGGGGAAUUCCAAUGCGUUCCAUACCACCUCAUAGUCCUGCUGCUUUAAGACAUAUUCCUCUGUUUCUCAAAGAUUACAAUAAUUAUAUAUAUUAUUUGUUAAUAAUCAUGACAAGUUGGUUUACAAUUUUUUUUCUUUACAGAUUUUCUCUCAUAGUGAGCUAAAAGUCUUUAGAGUUGAGGGUGUUUUAGGGCUAUUUAGGGUUAGGAGUGCGUAGGUGUGAGGUUGGUUGAAGGUUAGGGUUUAUCUGCCAUCAUGAUGAAGCAUCAUUGUUAUGACCCUCAGGGACAUUUAAAAGGUACACAUUAGCAGGAUAGAGCUGGAGUGAACUGUAGGCUUGCCUAUAGGACCCAAACUCUCUGAUCAUGUGGUUCCUAUUAGUUUACUUGUAUAGCUUGGUCCCAAAAAACAUGUCUAUACAUUGUCUGGAAGCAUUGGAGGCUGGUCCACAGGCGCCAUUGGGUUGGCAACUCCCCCUCCCUGCAAAAAAAACCCCCAAAAAACAUAAAUAAAUAAAGUCUAUUUGCAUUGUAUGGACUGCUGAUAGGUGCGUGUUAGAAAAAAACAAAAAGGACUCUCCAUUUCAUUAUAAAUUGUAGGUGCUGGCUUAAUGGGUAUUAAACGUCAUGCUGCCAAAUGGACACCGAAUAGUUUAAAUUACAUGUUUGGACAGUUGGAAAUUAGAACAACAAUUCGUCAUUGUGACGGUCCAACCCUCUCUGACCGUCUUGGGUUCCCUUUCUCCCAGUAGUUCGUGAAUAAUCCUUCCAGGCAGAGUGUAGACACAAGCAUAGCAUAACCCCUCACACAUGAGCCGAGGUUUAAUGCUGGGUAGAGAUCUGUUUAAUGCACACAAAGCAACAGUAUUCAUGCAGUAAAACCACUCCUGCUCUCAGGAAAACAAAAUGACAGUUAAAAGGGUUAGACAGAGUUUGAAAAUAUGACAGUUAUAAGGUCAGACAGAGUUUGAAAAUAUGACAGUUAUAAGGUCAGACAGAGUUUGAAAAUAUGACAGUUAUAAGGUCAGACAGAGUUUGAAAAUAUGACAGUUAUUAAGGGUUUAAACUGGUGUUCUAAGAGGGGGGAGAACAAAACAGUCGAACUAAGUCCAUAAAACAGGGGCCUUCUUCACAGUCAUAUUGGCUGCUUAUGCCUCUGCUGGAAAUUAAGUGUCAGUUCUUCUGCUUAGAUAUAAUUUUCCAAGAGAUAAUUACCACCUUACAUAUGUUUCUUUUUGUGCUGUGCCUGUACUGUAUUCUAUACUGAAUAAAAUCAAAGCAUAGCAUUCCUCACUGCCAGGGCCGUCUUUAAUAACGAAUGGACCCUGGGCAAGUGUUUGCUUGGGCCCCCUGUGCCCUGCCGCUCUCGCCCCUCACUCCCUGGUAUGCAAUCACGGCAUCCAUCCCAACGCAGUGGCAGUACUAAAGUAGAAUGAAUUUUAUUGGGACCCCCAAUUGCAAGGUUGGACUAAAGGUAGAACCCCAUCUGUCGUGCAACUCCAACAAUGCUUUGACAGCUGGGACUCUACCAAUUUCCCAUGCUUGCAGGGUUGUAUUUAGCACUGAGCCAUGUUAGUAUGUUUGAAUGUAAGCAUGUGUUUGUA